AUGGCAACAGAGUGGACCACAGCGAUGCCACAUGAUGAUCGCAGUCGCAGUCGCAUUGGCUCGAGGGUGUGUCGGCAUGGCAGGCGUGACGAGGCGCAAGCGCACGCCGGUCAAGUCGGCGUGGGCCUCGCACCGGCUCAACCUCAGCACCGUCCGAGCUGUCCUCGGGCCGACGUUUCGCCCGGCCCCGGCUCGGCACUUCUCGCGGCCAGCCAAUCAGCCGCGAGUGCAGCCCGUCAGCCGACCAGCCUCGGACUGCCGGCUCCACGGCCCAAACCUGCACUCCCGAGCUGUGCCGCCAGGCGUGCGCGCUCUCGUCGCCCUCAGCCUCGACCGGCCAGCAGCCAGCCCACCCUCCCGUCCGCUCGCCCACGACGCGCCAGCCCUGCCGCCGCCUAUCCCACCAAUCCACCGCUGAGCUCAUGCCCUCCGAUCGAUUCCGCCAGCACCCAGUCCCCGCGUCCACUGCACCCCACCUCCCCGCAAGUAUGUCAUAUCCACCCUCCAGCCCAGCUCGGCCCACUGCACCCGCCUGCCCCACCACUUCCUCCAAUCAGCCGCAUCGACACCAACCAGACCGGGCGUCUGUGGACCGGCUGA